AUGACCGAGUUCGGCCGGCUCGUGCUCCUCAUCGGCGACUACCACACGCCGCAGAGGAAGGCGGACGUGCCCUCCUGCUUCAAGGAGCUGCUCAACACCGACAAGAUCGGCAUGGUGCUCUGCACUGGGAAUGUUGGUUCCCAGUCCGUCGCCGAGCAGCUGCGCAUGAUCGCCGGCGAGGACUGUCAUAUCGUGUGUGGCGAUGCCGAUCACGACUUCAGCUUCCCCGAGACCUGCGUGACCUCCGUCGGCGACUUCAAAGUCGGCGUGGUCCACGGCCAUCAGGUGGUACCUUGGGGUGAUUCCAACUCCUUGGUCAAGUUCGCCGGGCGACUGGGCGUCGACAUCCUGGUCACUGGACAUACGCACAGGAGCAGCAUCACGGAGCUGGGUGGCAAGUUCAUCAUUAACCCCGGCUCGGUCACGGGAGCCUGCAAUGCCUUGGCAGAGUUCGAUAUCACGCCCUCCUUCAUGCUCAUGGCCGUCCAGGAGAAAUCUGCCAGGCCCUGGUCCGGUUGUGCUCAGCGCUGCCAUGGAAGCAUGAGCACAUCUCUGACAUCGUCGGAGAGGAGUGCCGACGACAACCAUCACAUCGAGCACCAUGUUAUCGCUGAGCUGAGCGAUGACUUUGACGACGUUGACUUGGAAGAUGAUGUACCAGAUGAGGCAGAAAGCGGUCCUCCAGAAAGGUCUGGCCCCGUAGACCAGGAAAAGUCAAGGCUUGCACUGCUCGUCGAUCUCAUCGACAGGAUGGAGCCAACUCGGCCAGAGAUACUGCGGGCAGCUCCAGUGCAUCAAGUCGUGGCUUGGUUUGGGCGUGUCUUCUGGGCCCGUAAAAAUCGAGAUUUCUUCCAUCUCAGCCGUGUCACAGAAUCCUAUGACGAGUUCUUGAGUCAUAGCUGGCAGGUAGCAGCCUGGCAGAAAGUGUUGCUCCUGAUGAUCCUAAAGAACGGGUUGCCCGCCUAUAUUCUUGGAACUGUCGGUGCCUUGCUCAUGAUGGUGCUUUGGCAGUUCAACUUCUUACCUGGCUUCGCCAAGCUUGGCACGACGUGGUCCUGCUGGUGUAGUUCUGCUGGUUUGUUCAUGGCACUGUUGACCUUCACAGCUUGGAGAGCGAGGGGGUCGAUUUUUGUUGACAGGCUAUGCAUCAAUCAGUUUGACCCACGCAUGAAGUCUGAAGGGAUCCUCAACAUCGGAGCGAUUCUCAAACGGUCCCAUUCCCUUCUCGUCCUUUUUGACGAGACGUACGCAGAGCGGCUUUGGUGCUUGUUCGAAAUCGCCGCGUUCCUCAAAGCCCAUCCAGAAGCUGUUACAGGCAAAGCUGCGCUCGUGCAGGUUAAGCCCAUACAGCUGGGUGUUAUUUCGAGUGUGGUAAGUUUUGCUUCGUUUGCAGUGGGCAUCUUCGCUGUGUUCAACCCAUUCUCGAACGUGUUUGUGCUGUGGUCGGUGUUCCUCGCUUUCAUUGCUGGCGUGGGCAUGGUCUUGAUUCGCAGUUUUCGCCACUACUAUCGGUCACUGGAGGUUAUUCAGCACCAGGUACAACACUUUCAACUACAAAACGCCGUGUGCUGGUGUUGUAGCGUGAACCACAUCCACCCCAUCAGCGGCCAGCCCAUAGCCGUGUGUGACAGAGAGAUUGUUCGCCAAUGUGUGACCAGCUGGUUCGGGUCCGAGAAAGAGUUUGACGAAUCCGUGCGGUCUGUGGUAGCCCGGGCGCUGCAGCAACAGCUUGGGUAUGAUGCAUUUCCAUACUCAUGGAUGCUUGGAUGCUUCAUUCCCCUCUGGUGGCCUGUAUUGGACUUUGUGGCAGCGCACCAGACAUCGGAGAAUGCCCAACAUUGGGUCCCAUUUAUGGUUAUUAGAGGCAUUGCCUUUUGGCUUUGGUGCCUGCCAUUGAUCGCAAGCUUUGGGUUGUUCUUCGCACGCUGCCUCCAACGAAAGAGUCAGUGGAAAUGUAUAGACCUCUUGCGAGACGUGCUGGCGAUCGUGCUCACGGGACCUCCAUUGCUGGCCAUCGUAGCAUGGCAUCUCUACACUGAGCUGUCGUUUGUUGACAGAGAUGAGACGCUGGGAUCGGUGAUCUUUGCCGCUGGCUGCUUUGUGGCCUUCCUGGUCGUGAGGAAAGCAUACCAUGCUGGCAACAGGCGCUUCUUCACGAGCCUUGGCUCCUGA